GGAGCUCUCCUGCGCUCCUUCUCCUUCAAACCCCCCCCCCCUUCAUUCGACCUCCCUUCCGGAGCCCGAAAUUGCCGGAAACCCAUAAUAUCCGUGGACAAAGUUCUCCCUGCCUUUUGCUGCCCUUUUCCUGAGGAGUUUGUGUAGUUCCUUGAGGCUCCCACCUCAGUCUCCCAAGGAAUAGCAGUGUGGGGGAAGGAAUAAAAGUUAAUGUUUUCAUCCACCCGGACGAAGGAGAAUGGGGACCCUACACCCAAAAGAAUGAAGACUCGACAAAAUAAAGACUCCAUGUCAAUGCGGAGUGGUCGGAAGAAGGAGACUCCAGGCCCCCGAGAGGAGCUCAGGACACGGGGCCGAGCCUCUCCAGGUGGUGUCAGCACUUCCAGCAGUGAUGGCAAAGCUGAGAAAUCCCGGCAAACAACCAAGAAAGGUCGUGUGGAGGAGUCAAUGGCCCCUAAAGGAAGCAAGCAAAGCCGACCGGAGGAGAUUUCCGAGAGCGAAGGAGAGGACACCAAUGCCCCAAAGAAAACGAAAACAGAGGAGCUGCCGAGGCCUCAGUCUCCCUCAGAUGUCGACAGCCUCGAUGGUCAUAGCUUCAACGAUGAGACCAGCAGUGACCCACGUGACAUUGACCAGGAUAACCGGAGCACCUCUCCCAGCGUCUACAGCCCUGGCAGUGUGGAGAACGAUUCUGAUUCCUCCUCUGUAUUGUCACAAGGACCGUCCCGGUCUUACCAUCACCCCCCACUCUUCCCCCAGAGCCCCUCCCCUGCUCCCUUGGUGGAGGGCCUGGCCCGGCCGCCAGAACCAAACUUCAGCUUAACAGGGGAGGUUCAUCCUCAGGGCCCCACAAGUGGCUACCAGUCUCAACUUGAAGCCCAGGCCUCAAGGAUCUUUCAGGCCCAAGCCCCCCAACCAGCUCCUACUCCAUCCUCCAGCUCUUCCUCACCCCCCACCUCCUGCACGACCCAUGCUCCUCACUAUCCUAAUGCUAACGUGGUCCAGAUGGGCCCCAAAGCCGUGAGUGCAGGCGCGGGCAUCCCAGCGCCACCAGGUGGGCGUGAGCAGUCCCUCAGUGCCAAGCACAACCCGCCCCCAACUACCCCGAUUUCUCUCGCUUCUGUGGCAGGAGGCCUGCCCCCUCAGAAGACGCCUCCAAACAAUGCCCCGGCUGUGCUUCCUUCUGCUGCUGCUGCCGCCACCUUCCCCCAUGUUUUGGCCAACCUGCCUCCGCCACCAGCUCUGCGCCCUCUAAACAACAUGGCUGCCACCUCCAACUCACCAGGAAUGGUGGGGCAGGCAUUGAGUGGACACCUUCCGUCGCCCCAUGGGAUGGGGCAGGACAAGUCCCCGGUCCCUUCCCGUUACCCCUAUGCCCCUCCACCGCCCCCGCCCAGCUCCUCCGCCCAGUACCCCCUGCCUCCCCCUUCCCAGGCCCUGCCCAGCUACAGCUCCUCUUACGGCCACUCCUUCCCCCCACCCAGCAGCCUCUCGGUUUCCAGCCAGCCCCCCAAGUACACCCAGCCCUCCAUGCCCUCCCAGCCUGUGUGGAGCCAAGGCCCACCACCGUAUAGCCGCCCUCUAGGGAACACCAGCUCCCACCCUCCUGCCUCUUUUCCUGGCCCGGCCACUCAGCCACAGCACCACCACAACCACAGCAGUGGCACGGGGCUCUCCCCGUCAGCAGCUGCCACUCCUCAGACAUCUGGCGGGUACGCCCACCCACUGGAGCCAGGUCCCCACCACCCCUCCCACGCUGCCUAUGGGCUACGCCUCUACCCACCCCACAGCCAUGCCACGUACAGCCAGGCCCCCUCUGCAUCUUCUUCUUCCUCCUCCUCCUCUUCCUCCUCCUCCUCUUCCUCGUCCUCCUCCUCGUCCUCCUCCUCCUCCUCGUCCCAGGGAACAUACCCAGGGGUCUGCAGUCAUCCCCAGGGGCAGAGCACUGCCACCUAUGCCUUCCCUCCACCACCUCCACCUUCGCCUGCACAUGGGGCUGGGCCCCCUGUCACCUCAGCCUCAGUUACCCUAUCCACUGUCAUAACCACAAUGGCCUCCUCCUCUUCAGCCCCCUACAAGACGGUGUCCCCUCCAGUGCCCCCCCCUGCUGUGGCCCCCUACGGGAAGCGAACCGCUUCGCCAUCGCCCACCUUCCAGCCCCCUGCCCCCUACAAGCCAGGCUCUCCUCCUUCCUCCUCCACGUCCUCGUUCCGCGCAGCCACGCCACCGGGGUACAGGCUGACCUCUUCCCCUGCGGCGAGUGGCUACAAGGCCCCCUCGCCCGCCCCCAUGGCUUCCCCAGCCUCUGGGAAUAUGGCUGCCCCUCCUCCACCAUUGCCCCCACUGCCCCUCAGUGCAGCACAGAUCAAGCAAGAGCCUUCAGAAGAAUAUGAGCCGCCAGAGAGCCCCAUGCCUCCAGUCCGGAGUCCUUCACCAGCUCCCAAAGUGGUGGACGUACCAAGUCAUGCCAGCCAAUCAGCCAGGUUCAACAAACAUCUGGAUCGUGGCUUCAACUCCUGCUCACGGACUGACCUCUACUUUGUGCCCCUGGAUGGCUCCAAACUGGCCAAGAAACGGGCAGAUCUAGUUGAGAAGGUGCGCAGAGAAGCGGAGCAGAAGGCUCGGGAGGAGAAGGAGCGUGAGAGGGAGAGAGAACGGGAGAAGGAGCGUGAGAGGGAGAAGGAAAGAGAACUGGAAAGGAGCGUGAAGGUGGCACAAGAGGGCAGACCAGUGGAGUGCCCGUCUCUUGGCCCCGUCCCUCACCGCCCGUCUUUUGAGCAAGGCAGCGCAGUAGCCACGGUCCCACCGUACCUGGGCCCUGACACACCGGCGCUCCGCACCCUCAGCGAGUAUGCCCGGCCCCACGUUAUGUCUCCAAGUAACCGCAACCACCCCUUCUACGUGCCACUGGGAGCAGUUGACCCUGGACUGCUGGGCUACAAUGUGCCAGCCAUCUACAGCAGCGACCCGGCCACACGGGAGAGAGAGCUGCGAGAACGGGAAGCCCGUGAGCGAGACCUCAGGGACCGGGACCUGCGCGAACGCCUUAAGCCUGGCUUUGAAGUGAAGCCGGCGGAAUUGGAGCAGCUCCACGCCGUGCCCAGCGCCGCCAUGGAUCCUUUCCCACGACACGGGGGGCUCGCUCUGCAGGCCGGCCCAGGCCUGCACCCGGCUUUCCCCUUCCAUCCAGGGCUGGGCCACCUGGAGCGGGAGCGGCUAGCGCUGGCGGGCGGCCCAGCCUUGCGCCCCGACAUGUCUUAUGCCGAGCGAUUAGCGGCUGAGCGGCAGCAUGCAGAGAGAGUCGCUGCUCUGAGCAACGAUCCCUUGGCUCGGCUGCAGAUGCUCAACGUGACCCCCCAUCACCACCAGCACUCCCACAUCCACUCCCACCUUCAUCUCCACCAGCAGGAUGCCAUCCAUGCAGCUUCAGCCUCUGUCCACCCUCUUAUUGAUCCCCUGGCUUCUGGGUCACAUCUCACCCGGAUACCCUACCCAGCUGGUACUAUCCCUAAUCCACUUCUUCCGCACCCACUCCAUGAAAAUGAGGUGUUGCGCCACCAGCUUUUUGCUGCCCCCUACAGAGAUCUGCCCGGCUCACUCUCUGCCCCGAUGUCUGCAGCACAUCAGCUCCAAGCCAUGCAUGCACAGUCAGCAGAGCUGCAGCGUUUGGCCCUGGAACAACAGCAAUGGCUACACGCCCAUCACCCUCUGCAUGGAGUGCCACUCCCCACGCAGGAGGAUUACUACAGUCACCUGAAAAAGGAAAGUGACAAGCCCCUUUAAGUGGAACCCAUUCCCCAUGAUGACUUCAUUACCCCCUCUUGCUUCUUCUUCUUUGAGAGGAAAUCGACCAACCAAACCCUGGGCAAGGGGGAAGCUGCACAAUGACACAACUCCUAAUGUCGUUCAACGGAAGAGUGAAGAAACCAGAACAACCACAUGGGGGGGGAGGGGGGGCAAGAGGGAAGGACCAGGGGGUGUGAAACACCAACAAGGAUUUUGGAAGGUGGAGGCAUAAACCAUCAUUGCAUAAACCAUCAAGCAUCUAUUCUCUGCCCAUCCUUGGGCAGAUGUGGCUAAUCAACAGGAAAUCAAAGCAUGAUGGGACUCCAUCCAACCACCUUCCUCCACACCUUGACACACAAGACAGUCCAGAGGAACAAUGCAUCAUGGGACUUUUCAAGAAGGCAUUGCCAUGGUCUUGCUCAGCUCUUGAGAGUCUGGGCCGAGUCGAGAGGUGCAUAGCACCACAGGACUGUUUCAAGAGGGCAGCUGCCUUAUUAUCCAUGCCUCGAGGGAACACUGGUGGUGCAGGACUAGACUGCUGUGGGACUAUUUUCAAGAUGGCCUUUCCCCUCCCAUUUCACUGGCCGGGGGAGAUUAAUGUGACCAAGCAAUGCAGAGCAUGGUGGGACUUUCCGCAAUGGCAGCUGCCCCUUUCCCCUUCGCCCAAUUCCAGUUGAUGUACUUUAACUCAUGCACAUCCCGUUAGACGUGGCAGUUUUGCGUAGCAAUUUGUGAUUCCUUGAUCUCCCCGUGUGUGUGUCUAAUCUCACGGUUGUAUAUCUUGAUCUGUCCUCAUAUAUAUUUACAUAAGAACAUUAAAAGAUACCCAACUAUGGGAGAAGUAUCUCCCUACACACUCAAUUCCACCCCCUCCCCUAAUUCUAAUAAUUUAUAUAUAAAUGCAGCUCUUAAAGAAAAAAGCAGCCAAGCAGCAACAAAAAAUGGCCUUCUGGAAACUGUUUUGGUUUGCACAGCCAGGGUCUAUUAUUAUCAAAGAGAUCAAGAUUUUGAAAUUGUAUCCACUGUAUCUUGUUGCAAAGUAUGGAAGUGGAACAGGACACCUCUGAAAACAGAGUAUGUUGCUCUAGUCUAGAGUGGGUUGUGUAUGUCGGUAGGUCUCCUUUCUCCACUGCUCUUGGGUCUCCUGUGUUUCCUGAUGUGCUUAGGUAACUGGGUGGAUGAAUCCUAAUCUAGCACCUUGGAUAAUGCUCUUUUUGGUUCUGUUUUUAUGAUGAUGAUGCUUCAAGAGCAAGCAAAGACUGGAGGAAGAUGGUUUGUGCUUAUAUCAGCAGAAGCCCCAGAUCCGAGAAACAGAGCUAAAGGCUUCCACUUUAGAAAAAUGGGGUUUAGGCAGGGAACAUUUCCCCCUCUGUUCUCACUUUGUAUUACAUCCCUGGUGAUGGGGAGCAAUUAUUAAAACCAUUGGGUUCACCAA